GUGCGCGGGACCAGACGGGGCGGGGCCGGGCUCCGGAAAGGGAGGCCGGGGGGGACCGGAGCCGCCGCGCACCGAGCGCCGCAAUGGGGCUGGAGACCGAGAAGGCGGACGUGCAGCUUUUCAUGGACGACGACGCCUACAGCCACCAUAGCGGCGUCGACUACUCCGACCCGGAGAAGUUCGUGGACUCGGGCCAGGACCGAGAUCCCCACAAGCUCAACUCGCAUCUGAAGCUGGGCUUUGAGGAUGUGAUCGCAGAGCCUGUGACCACGCACUCCUGUGACAAAGUGUGGAUCUGCAGCCAUGCGCUCUUCGAAAUCAGCAAAUACGUGAUCUACAAGUUCCUGACAGUGUUCCUGGCCGUCCCCUUGGCCUUCGCCGCGGGAAUUCUCUUUGCCACUCUGAGUUGCCUGCACAUCUGGAUUAUAAUGCCUUUUAUAAAGACCUGUCUAAUGGUUCUGCCUUCAGUACAGACAAUAUGGCAGAGUGUGACAGAUGUUGUCAUUGCCCCAUUGUGUACCAGUGUAGGACGAAUUUUCUCUUCUGUCAGCCUGCAGCUGAGCCGUGAAUGAACAUUUAGACCCCAGGUCUGGAGAUUUGGAUACUGUAAUAUGUGUUUGUUGUAACAAGUACUACUGUUCUCUUGAUUUCUCAACUGUUCCAACCAAGAAAAGUAUUGCGAUGAGAACCCAUAUUUAGAAAGGUUUAUUGGCAAACUUCAAAUAAUGCUUUUCUAAUCAAUAGCCAAGGAUUUCAUAUCGAAUUUUAUAACCAGAAUUAUUUGGUAGCUUAGCAACACUUACUUUUAAAGACAGGCAGUUUUUGGUUUAGUAAAAAAAGUACACAUUCUCAACUGAUAAAUUUAUAGUGAUCAAGGGACACUUCUCUCAAAACACUAUAAUAGUUUUGUGCACAACUACAUUAAAAGGUAGAAUUUCUUAUUUUCUUAUAUUCUGGGAGUAAUACUUUUAAAAUUAUUUUUACAGACAUAAUCAUGAGGAUACCUAGAGAUAUCACAUCCAAACAUCCUAGAUUACAGUAACAAAAGCAUACAGUGAUGUUACUAAUAUCAAAUGUCACAAAAAGAUUCAGGAAAAUAUAUUCCCUUUAAAUAUACUGUUAACAUAAAGGCUUAUUUAAUAAGAUUUUUCCUUUUACUGUAUAUUUUGUACUUAAUAUAAAUAUUGCUCUAAUUGGAUGGCUUUAAAGCAUUUUAUGAUAUUUGUUAUCCUGUUGAACUAAUAUAUAGAAUAAGUAAAUGUAUCUCCCACAAAGUAACUUCAUGAAAAUAUUGCACUGUCUUGAUUAUGAAAGCAUUUACAUAGCUUCUGUGGGGAUGGAAUGUAAAAGACUGGUAUAUGGGGCUCUUCUUUCUGACUUUUCGAAGCAAAAUCCUGAAAAGCUUUAUGACUGAUAUUUAUCUGUCUGUGAUAUUAAAUCAUAUCUAAUUGACAUUUUGUCUUGUGGUUAAAAAUUAAAUCUAUAUUCUGCAUUCCUAUGAAUGUUUCCCUUUACUUUCAUGUAAUAUUGGUGCUAAUUAACAAUAUUUUAUGACAAAGGCUAUUUCUGACACUUAAGUACAAUUUCCACUACAAUGAUUCAGGUAGAGAGACUUACAGAGAAGUUGUCAAUUUGGGGGAUCCAUGCUACUGAGCUAUAUACAUAAAUUAAAAACUAACAACUACAAACUUUUAACAAGGAUAUGGAUUUUGUAACAUAUAUGAAGUUAUUCUAUAAUUUGGGGGCUGUAGGGCCUUAUUUUAAAGUUAUGAGUUACCAUGACUUUACAAAUCUCCUUAUUCUAAAAUGAUAUAGACAUAUAUAAAAGUUCCACAGUGCGAGUAGUUACUAUGAUUUACAUAUCCUAAGAGUGUGUAAAUGUGCAAAUUUCAGAAUUGGCAACAGAACAUGAAAUAACUUUCCUUUGAAUAGCCUCAUAAGUGAUAGAUCUUCAUUCAUUGAAGAUUAAUAAGACUUCUUAAAGUUGGUGAAUAAAAAGGAUGAUUGAACAGAAAUUCUAUUGGGAACAAAUCAAGAGAAUGAUUAAAUUAUGAAACUCAUAUUCUUUUGAAGGUAAUUACAAAAGAGACUUUCAAAACUGCCUUAGGCCAUUACAGCAUCUUUAGAAAAAGACUCAAGAUCAUGACCUUAAAGCACUGUUACUGACUUGGCUGUAUAGAUUUUAUGUUAGUUAAAAAGAUCAAUCAGUCUCAUAGCUUUAUAGUUGUACUUUAUAUUUAAAAUGUUUGUUUAAAUAUUUGUAUGUAUUGAUUAACAAAAGGUAUUUGAUUAAUAAAAUAUCUAUUUCAAUAAAUCACAAGCUUCAACCUUUUCAAAUAGUGAUUGGCAAGUUUUAAGACAUAUAUAUAUAGUUAUAUAAUUAAACCUUUUCACUUCUAAUAUAUGAAACAUUAUUCCCUUAUUUCUAAACAGUAUUGAUUAUUUUCCAAAUGAAUUUUAUUGAGAUUUUUCAUGGAUUAUUGUAUUUCAAAAUUCACAUUUUGAGUAAAGUAAAUCAAAGUUUAAUAUACAAGCAUGUUAGCCCCUUUAUUUGGGGUAAGGGGAAGUAGAAGAAAAGGAGACUUAAUAAACUUUCUAAAAACUCA